AUGGGCGUGUUGGAGAAAGUCGACAAGGCUUCGUACGUGAUAACGCCGACGCCGACGCGCGAGAAGCGGACAGCGAGCUUCGGUGUCGGUCGUAGCUCGGUGACUAUGGUGGGAGACACUGCGAUCCGGCGGAAGACGAUGAGCAUGCAGAGCGACCUGCAGCAGAUCGAGGUGCGCUUCAAGCACCUGUCGCUCACGGCCGACCUGGGCUCCACCAACGACGACUGGAGUCAAUCCAAGGAGUCCAGCAACAACGUGGUCAAGAAGAUGCUCGGGAUGAAGCACUCGGUGCGCAAGCACAUUCUGCAGGACAUCUCGGGCUCCUUCCGUCCGGGUGCCGUCACGCUCCUUCUGGGCCAGUCGGGCUCGGGCAAGUCGGCCUUCAUGAAGCUGCUGAGCGGGAGGUUCCCCAUGCACCACGAGAUCACCGUGGAGGGCACAAUGUCCUACAACGGAGUGCCCCACGAGAAGCUGCUGAAGCGUCUGCCGCAGUUCGUCAACUACGUGACGCAGACAGAGACGCACCUGCCGACGCUGACCGUGCGCGAGACGUUCGAGUUCGCUCACGAGUGCUGCGGGUCUCCCGCGGAGAACGCCGUCCCUGCAGGCAGCGCUGAGGUGCACUAUCCGGACGUGGUUCUGCGAACGCUUGGGCUAGACAACUGCCAGCACACCAUUGUGGGCAAUGGCAUGCAUCGCGGCAUCUCUGGCGGCGAGAAGCGGCGCGUGACGACGGGCGAGAUGGAGUUCGGCAUGAAGUACGUGACGCUCAUGGACGAGAUCAGCACGGGGCUCGACAGCGCCGCCGCCUUCGACAUCAUCGCGGCGCAGCGCAAGUUGGCCAAGCAGAUGAACAAGACGGUGGUCAUCUCGCUGCUGCAGCCGUCGCCCGAGAUCUUCGCGCUCUUCGACGACGUCGUGGUGCUCAACGAAGGGCGCGUCAUCUACCACGGCUCCACGCGCGAAGUGCAGGGCUACUUCGAGUCUCUGGGGUUCAUUUGUCCCCCGGAACGAGACCUCGCCGACUUCCUGUGCGACCUCGCUACACCGCAGCAGGCUCAAUACGAACUGGGGGUUCCUCUCGGAGGCCGCAAAGUGCACCCCCGAAACGCCAGCGACUUCGCCGAUCUCUGGGUCCGCUCCCCACUCUUCCAGCAGCUCGAGGCGGAGGCGGACGCGAGAGAGUCCAAGGAGAUGGCUGCCAACGCUGAGGCCUUCAUGGCGGCCGUCUCGGAAUUCCACCAGGGGUUCUGGGCCAGCACGUGGGCGCUGACCAAGCGGCAAAUGAUUCUCAUGAAGAGAGACCCGGCGUGUCUUCAAGGCCGCGCGAUGCUCGUCAUCGUCGUCGGGCUCUUGUUCGCGAGUCUCUUCUACCAGUUCGGUCUGGACGACACGCAAAUGACCAUGGGGGUCAUCUACGCGUCCGUGCUAUCGCAGGGACUGGGGCAGGUGGCCUGGAUCGUCACCUUCUACGACGCGCGCGUCGUCUUCUACAAGCAGCGAGCUGCCAACUUCUUCCGCACCUCGUCCUACGUGGUGGCGACAAUGCUGGUGCAGUUCCCGUUGGCGGUCAUGGAGACCGUCGUGUUCGGGUCGCUUGUGUACUGGGUCGGAGGCUUCGUGUACGAGCUGGGGGCCUUCCUCAUGUUCGAGCUCUUCCUCCUGCUCAUUCUGGUGGUCUUCCUGUCGCUCGUCUUCUUCCUCGCUGCUGCGUCGCCGAACCUGAGCAUCGCCGAGCCUGCCGCCAUGGUCUGCGUGCUCUUGUACGUUCUGUUCGCUGGAUUCGUUGUAUCCAAGAACCAGAUCCCCGAGUGGCUGCUUUGGCUUUACUGGCUCGACCCCGUCGCCUGGACCGUACGCGCCGUCGCUGUGAGCCAGUACCGCCACCCGGAGCUCGACGUGUGCGUCUACGGCGCGUUCGACUACUGCGCCAUGUACAACCAGACAAUGGGCGAGUUCUCGCUCGGCCUCUUUGACGUUCCCUCGGAGGAAUACUGGAUCGGCUACGGCAUCGUCUUCUUGCUGCUGAUCUUCCUCGGGUUCACGUUACUGGCGUAUUUCGUCCUCGAGUACUACCGAUUCGAUCGCCCGGAGAACGUCGCGCUGCCCGUGGAACCGAAAGACCGCAAGGCGAAGACCGAUGAGGCCAAAGACAACGCCUUCAAUCAGAUGGCGUCGCCUUACACAUCCGACGUCCACAUCUUGGACAGCGACGCACGCACGGAGACCGUCCUCCGCAUGGAUAGAAUCGCCCGCAAGAAGAAGGUGGAACCGGUGACGGUGGCCUUCAAGGACUUGUGGUACACUGUUUCAGUCCCCGGUGGUCCCGGCCAACCAGCCCACGCACUCGAUCUCUUGAAAGGUAUCACUGGGUAUGCACUUCCUGGAUCGAUUACAGCGCUCAUGGGCUCGACGGGUGCGGGCAAGACGACCUUGAUGGACGUAAUUGCUGGACGGAAGACUGGAGGCACCAUUCGCGGCCAGAUUCUGCUCAACGGGUUCGAAGCCUCGGACCUCAGCGUUCGACGCUGCACCGGGUACUGCGAGCAAACGGACAUUCACUCGAAAGCUUCGACCUUCCGCGAGGCGCUCACGUUCUCGGCGUUCCUGCGACAAGGAGCCGACGUCCCCGACAGUGAGAAGUACGACACCGUCGACGAGUGCUUGGAGCUGCUCGACCUGGAUGAAAUCGCAGACCAGAUGAUCCGAGGCAGCUCCAUGGAGAAGAUGAAGCGUCUUACGAUCGGUGUCGAGAUGGCAGCGCAGCCGAGCGUCCUCUUCCUCGACGAACCCACCAGCGGACUCGACGCACGGUCCGCGAAAGUGAUCAUGGACGGCGUACGCAAGGUCGCUGACUCCGGACGAACGGUACUGUGCACCAUCCACCAGCCGUCCUCGGACGUUUUCCACUUGUUCGACAGUCUGCUGCUGCUCAAGAAGGGCGGUGAGACCGUGUACUUUGGAGAGCUUGGCAGCGAAGCACGAGCGAUAGUCGACUACUUCCAGUCCAUUCCGAGCGUGCCGCGAAUCAAACGCGGAUAUAAUCCGGCGACGUGGAUGCUGGAGGUCAUUGGUGCUGGUGUAGCUGAGCGCGGCGAGAAGCAGCCGACAGAGGACAUCGACUUUGUCGACGUCUUCAAUAGGAGUGCCAGCAAGAUGCUCCUCGACUCCAAGUUGACGGAGCCUGGUCUCUUCCAGCCCUCGGAGCAGUACCAACCCGUCACCUACGGCAAGAAGCGCGCGGCCCGGAACAUCACUCAACUCCGCUUCUUGCUGCACCGCUUCCUCAUCACGUACUGGCGCACACCCUCCUACAACUUGACUCGUCUCGGUAUUUCGGUUCUCCUCGGACUGGUCUUCGGCUUGCUGUUCUCCGAUGCGGACUACACGACCUACCAGGGAAUCAACAGCGGCCUCGGCUUGAUUUUCCUCUCCACGGUCUUCGUCGGUCUGGUCGCUCUCAUCAGUGUCCUACCACUGGCGUUUGAGGAGCGUGCUACGUUCUACCGCGAGCGCUCAUCGCAAACAUACAAUACGCUUUGGUACUUCGUCAGCUUCACCGUUGUGGAGAUUCCAAACGUGUUCGUCUGUGCCAUGCUGUUCACCGCCGUCUUUUACCCUAUGGUGGGCUUCUCAGGGUUCACUCACGCCGUCUUCUACUGGAUCAACGUGGCACUCAUGAUCAUUUUCGAGUCGUACCUGGGGCAGGUCUGCAUCUUCGCGGCGCCUAGCAUUGAGGUGGCGUCGAUCAUCGGGAUGCAGAUCAACGCCAUCUCGUUCAUGCUCAUGGGCUUCAAUCCGCCAGCGAACCAGAUCCCGUCAGGCUACAAGUGGCUCUACACGAUCUCUCCACACAGGUAUUCGUUCGCGGCGCUUGUGGGCACGGUCUUCAGUGAGUGCUCCGAUGAGCAGCUGGCCGAGAUCCAGCUCGCUACCCCAUCCGUGGCCAGUGAAUCCGCUGCCAAUGCGGCGGCAGCGGCGACUGGUGCGGCUACGAGCGCUUCAUCACCUGCCACCGCUGCCACUGUAUCCGGUGCCUCGCUGUCUUCGUCUAGCCUGGCAUCUGCAGCCAGCGCGAGCAGUUUGGCCUCGAUCGAUAUGUCCAAGUACCCGCUCGGCUGUCAGAUACUGCAGAACGCCCCGCCCGAGAUCGGUUCCAUCCCCAUUCAAACCUACGUGGACCAGGUAUUCGGCGUUGUCUACGACGAGACGGUGCGGUCGUUCGGCAUCUUCCUCGGGAUGAUCGGGCUGCUCAGCAUUCUCGCCUUGAUCGCCAUGCGGUACAGCAACCACCAACAGCGCUAG